GCGUGUGUAUGAAGUAUACCCCCAGAGACACGACAUUCAACCGAGACGGGAAGCAUCAGCGCGCCUUGGGUAUAGUUUGUUAAUGGGAAAUGCUGAUAAACUGUGCCAUUGAUGGAGAGGGUGUGAUUGCUCUAAGUAAUGCUUCCAGAUGAGAUCUCUCUUUUGGUGUUGAUUUGGACUUGCUACACAGUGGGUGAUGGGCAAGUCGUCAGCUAUGAGGUGGAUGAGAGCCACGCCACCCUGCCAGUCUUGACUUGGUGGGAGUCGAUAGGCAAAUAUCCUGAUUAUGUCAUCUCCUGUGAGACGCAACAGAGAUGUCUCCUGUCCAGAAACAAGACACGACUGCAGCAUCAAGAAGUCAUGAUGUACGUAUUUUACGGCUCAUUCUUUCUGUCGAGUGGUCUUCCUUUUCCAAGGAAGGAUGGCGAUAUUUGGGCAUUGAUCCACGAAGAGUCGCCCAUGAACAAAGAUUGGCUGUUUUCAUUCAGGAGCACUAUAGAGCUGUUCAACUACACAUCGACUUUCAAGAGGGGAUCUGACUACCCGCUCACCACCCACUGGCUGACAAACAAAGAGACACUGCUCAGUAAAGAAUAUUUAGUCCCCACAGACAGAAAGAAUGUGAUGAGGACAGAUGAUGGCCUAGCUCCAAUUAUAUUUGUCCACAGCGACUGCAACACACCAUCCAACAGGGAGCAGUUCGUCACGACGUUGCAGAAAUACGUCGAUGUAGAUUCCUACGGCCCUUGUCUCCUCAACAAGGACUUCCCAGAAGAAUUCAAAAAUCUCGACGGUAUAGCAGGCUUCUUGAAGCCAGACUUUUUGAAACUUGUCGCCCGCUACAAGUUUGCUAUAGCUUUUGAGAACGCCAUCUGUGACGACUACAUCACAGAGAAGUUGUGGCGCCCUCUACAGGAGGGAACUGUCCUUAUUGUGCUCGGCUCGCCGACAAUCAGGGACUUUUUACCAUCCACCAAAUCAGCGAUUCUGGUCGAAGACUUUGACACUAUUCAAGACUUGGCUGCGUUCAUCAAGCAGCUUGAUCGGAACGACGAACAGUAUGAGUCAUACCUCGAAUUCAAACACACGGGUAUUUCAAAUCCAACGCUGAAGUCAGAACUCGCCCGGAUAUCACCAGGGGAGUACGCAGGUGGACGUUUUGGGAAGGCUGCUUCAGGAUAUGAGUGUUUCCUCUGUGACAAACUUCACAAGGCACUUGAUGCAACUAAAGCCGGGAAGCCUGUCGCGAAAGCACAGGCAAAUCUGAACCAUUUUGGAUGUCCUUUACCUGCACAGAAAUUUGACGAAAACGGCCAAAUCGUCCCCGACCAUCGCCGAAAGCAUGAGUUGGCAUUCUACCAUAUGAACGCGCAGGUGUUCCGCCAGUUCUAUGACAGGGCUGAGAACAUCACGUCUCACGACCUGUACACAGCCACAAAACAACGAUUGAGAAAGGUGCAGGCGAAACAGGAAGACUUGUAGAGCAGCUUUUACUAGGAUAAAAAGUAACUUAUGGAGUUUACUUGAAUCUGUAUUUUAAAACCCAAAACCCGCCUGCAUCCAUUAACCAAUAUAUUGUAUCUGACGUGAUAGAUGUUUAUUACUUAUCCCUUACUUACU